UUUUUGCUUUACACUUCUCAUGCUAACUUUAUCUUCCUCUGUUUGAAACCUUUUUCUGUUACCUAAUAAAGUCAUCUUUUAGCAUUUAUUGUCUCUUUUUCCUUGGUCUCAAUUUUAUUAUUUAGAGUAAAUCACAUCUUGCUUCGAAAUUAAGCAAUCCAUGUCUUUGUUUUUUUACUUUCAGAUCACUAUUUAAUUGUAGCCUCUGUCUUUUCUCUUUGAGGAACUUAUGAUUUAGUCUUUUGUAUCAGUUCAUACAGUUCUUUAAGUUUGUUCUUGAUGGUGAUGUAAAAGCUCUUUAAUUUUGAAGACACUUCAUCAGAAUUUCUUUUUUUAGGAGGAUUGAGAAGAUCUCUCAAACAGCUGCAAUCUCGGUGAGGCUAUGCUUGACAGUGAAGUGGUGCCAUCGUCUCUUGUGGAGAUUGCUCGGAUCCUCCGUGUAGCCAAUGAAGUAGAAGCUAGUAAGCCCCGUGUUGCUUACUUAUGUCGGUUCUAUGCGUUUGAGGAGGCAUGCAAGCUUGAUCCCACAUCAAGUGGUCGUGGUGUGCGCCAGUUCAAAACUGCGCUUCUUCAGCGCUUAGAACAGGAGAAUGAAACAACUCUUGCACGAAGGCAGAAGAGUGAUGAUGCACGCGAAAUGCAAACUUUUUAUCAACACUACUACAACACAUCUAUCCAGCCUUUGCUAGACGCUGCUUUCAAAGCUGAACGGUAAGUGUUUGAUGGAAGUGUUUAUUCGGAUCACUAUUGCAAUCUAUCUUUCGGUGUCUUUCAUUCAUAAAUAUUUAAAAAAUUGUUUUGCCUUGUAGUGCUCAACUUAAAAAGGCAUAUCAAACUGACGUGUUUCUCUUUGAAGUCUUAAAGAGUGCUAAUGUGGAAAUGGCUGAUGAGGUGAAGCUGAUAGUAGAUUAUGUUUUUGUUGAAUCUCUCACUUUUUAGGUUCUUAGUUGAUCAUGGAAACAUCUUGAUACUCUCCUGAAUUGUGUUAUGGCUGAGUUUUUCUUUUUCUUUCAAUUUCUUGGUGGGUAGGUUUUGAAAGCUCACACAGGGGUUCGAGGAUUAAUAAAAGAAAUUUUGAAAAAAAAA